AUGGCUCCGGCAGUUUCACGGUUCUACACCACCAGCACCUGUACCGGGGAUGUUUUCAGGGUGAUCCUCACGCAGAAGGUGCGGAUCAAUCCGGAUGGGUCUUCCUACACAGGCGAGUGGAAGGACGGCCUGCCGCACGGUCACGGCGAAUGGAAGGCUGCAGAGCCAUCCUGUGAGAGUUACGUUGGAGACUGGAAGCGCGGCAAGAAGCACGGCUUCGGCAUCAUGAAAUUGGCUAACGGAGAUUCUUACGAGGGCGACUGGGCAGAAGGUCGGUUUCAGGACAGAGGUAAGUACAUCUACGCAAACGGCGAUGAGUUUAUGGGUCUUUGGGACAAGGGCGUGAAGCUCAGCGGGACCUUCUACUACAAGGAUGGCCGCAUCAGCACCAGGAAGUGGCAGAACGGGCGCUUGGUUUCCUGCCAGGACUUCGACGCCCGGAAAAGAGCAUACCAACCCACCAUUACUCACUCGCAGGUACAUGAUCCAGAGCGAAGCCAGUACGGGGCGACUGGGACACUCAGCAGCAUGAUCAGCGCCAACGGAGUCGCGGUCGGCUGA